AUGAACACGUGCGAUUUGAAACGGUUCAAGAGGACAAGAAUUAAGAAACGUCCGUGGCUCUUGAAAAUCCGGUCCUCGACGAGCUUUAUUGUCGCAGCUGUCUGGAUGUCCACAUUCACGAUAGUUCCUGUGAUGCCAACAGCGCUCGUAACGCGAGCAGGGAUCGAGUAUAGUGACCGGGAAUAUUGGGUCAGUGUUCUCCUCAUGUCUGAGGCCGGCACGUCUUUGUUAUUUUGUCCCAUAUUCGGCUACUUGGUGGACCGCGGCCGGACACGACGACUUCCCUUUAUCGGGGCGUUGUUAAUACUGACUGGGUGUAUGAUUAUCUUGCAAUUAUCGCAAUCAAUAGCCGGAUUUGUUACCGCGCGUCUGCUCCAAGGUGUUGCAGGUGCACUGGUAGUGGUAGCGGCGUUUGCUCUCAUUGGCGAUGCCGUGCCACAGGAACGCCUUGGUCAAACGAUUGGAUAUCUGGGAUCCGCGAUUGCCUCGGGGUUCCUACUGGGCCCAUUCCUCGGUGGUGUGGUGUACAAUUCUGGUGGGUAUAAUGCGGUUUUUUGGUUUUCAUAUCCUAUUCUCGCACUUGACAUGGUUAUGCGACUGGUACUGGUUGAGAAAAAGGUUGCUGCUCAAUGGGCCGAAUCAAGUGAUGAUUUAGAGUCGGAUCUGGAGACCGAGCCGCGCAUUGCACGAGUCGAGCCACCUGAGCCACAGCAACAGCCGCAACCACGGAGAAGAGGCAUUGUAAUGUUCCGAAUGCUCAAGCGACGCCGAGUGUUCAUAUCAUCGUGGGCACUGCUUGUUCAGGGUCUGUUGCUCUCUGCUUUUGAUGCGACACUACCCAUCUUUGUUGAGACAACAUUUGGAUGGAAUGCGCUCGGCAUGGGGCUGAUCUUCCUGCCGAUGGCGGUACCGGCCUUCUUCGAGCCUCCGUUCGGCUUCAUCACAGAUCGAAUUGGUGCUCGAUGGAUCUCUUUUAGUUGCUUCGUUCUUCUUAUACCCUCCCUUAUCUGUCUCCGGUUUGUCAGCCAGCACUCCAACGAACAAAUCGCUCUAUUAGUCUGCUUGCUGUUCCUCAUUGGGGUAUUCAUUCAUGCUUGCGCGCCGGCGAUGUAUGUCGAGACGCAGCAGGCACUCACGACCAUGGAGCUCGAGAGUCCAGGAAUCCUGGGCCCCAAAGGCGCGGUGGCGCAGGGAUUUGGUUUGCAGAGCAUGUGCCAAUUCGCGGGGAUUUUCUUCGGACCUCUCUGGGGCGGGUUUGUGGAGGUCCGCUUUGGGUGGGGCGCGAUGACUGGAUCUUUGGGAGUUUUGGUAGCGCUCACUGCAAUGCCGAUGUUAUGGCUGGGAGACGGUGGAGAGAGUGGGGAGAAUGAGGAAGAGAGAGGCGAGGGAGCUCGAGAAUAA